GUUCAGUAAUGAGAUAUUACUGCAUUAUUUAUUUUGACCGGGAAGCAUUUUAACAUAGCGUUAUGUGUAAUGAAUCCAUAAAGGAAGGAGAAAGUACAAUUCGUACAAUACCGAUCCACAUUGAAUGUAGUGACGAAGUAUUGGAUUUUAUGAAACACAGAUGUCAUAUGCCCACGUUGACCACAAUGUCUACCAUCGAUAGAAGUUGUAUAGACGAGGACCCGCGGCGGGGCGGACGGGAGGAUGACUGCGCCAUGUCAACCAUUCUUCAACCAACCGCAAUGCUGCGGCGGGAGGUGGCUUUGCACGAGGCGUGCAAAUGCAACCGGGUGGAAACUGUGGCCAAACUCCUACAGGACAGGAUGGACAUAAACUGUAAGAACAAUCUUGACCGGACACCACUGCAUUGGGCAUGCGCAAAAGGCCACCUUCCGGUCGUUGAGCUGCUGUUCGAACAUGGCGCCGACCUAGAGGCCAAAGACAAGUACGGGAUGCGGGCGUUGCUGUGGGCGGCGCUGUACGGGCACUUGGAUGUACUUCGCUUCCUCGUGAAUGCCGGAGCUGUUGCCACGUGCACAAACAGGCAGGGUAUGGGUCUCCUUCACUGCGCUGCCCAGAACAACCACAUUCACGUUAUGAACUUCAUCUUCGAGGCGCUUGAAAAUGUCGACAUAAACUGUGCCGAAAAGCACGAGAAGACGGCCUUGCACUUGGCGGCGGAGGAGGGACAUUUGGACGCCGUCAUGAGGCUCAUCGACCUGCGGGCAGACGUCAACAAGAGAGACGCGGACUGCAGCUCGGCGGUGCACCUGGCGGCGCGCCAUGGCCACCACGAGGUCGUCAAGCGGCUGCUCAUGGUCGGCGUCAACGUGGACGACAGGGACGCCGAGGGACAGACGGCGCUCCAUAUGGCGGCUGAGGAGGGGCACGUGGAGGCUGUCGAGGUCCUUUUGGACUUCAACGCCGGCACGAACGUUGAAAACAUUAAGGAAUUCACGCCACUGCAUUGUGCUUCCGCAAAGGGCCUAACUUCCGUCUGUCUCUCACUCAUUAAAUACGGUGCUAACAUCAACGCCCAAAACCAUCAAGGAAACACGGCAUUACAUCUCGCCGUCAUGGGCAACUUCCGCGAUCUCAGCCAAGUAUUAGUAGCCAGUAAGGCGGAAAUCGACCUUCCAAAUCACCGGCUGCAGACGGCCUUGCACGUGGCGGUGGAGAGCGGCCUUCAAGACGUGGUCGAGGUGUUGCUGGUCGGGAGCGCCAGUCUUGCUGCACGGGAAAAGUCCGGAAAGACGGCGCUCCACCUGGCGGCCCGGGGAAGCUUCGUAACCAUUGUGGACAUGAUCGUCAAGGCUGAGAGAUAUUUCUCCCUCAACAGGGAAUACCACGACACGGACCUGGACUCGGUGGACGCCCAUCGCUACCUGCGCCAACCCACCCACCCCUCCUGGCCCCAGAUGAAGGAGACACUCUGGACGCUCGCAACUAAGCACCUCAAGAGCACAGACUGGAAAAAGCUCGCCGUCCACUGGAAGUUCACCGCGGAGCAUAUACGCUGUAUUGAGCACCAGUACACAGGUACAAACAGCUACAAGGAACACGGUUUCCGGUUGCUAAUGAUCUGGCUGCACGGCGUCCGGAAGGAUGAGAACGUCACCAAGCUUUUAUUUGAGGCCCUCGUUGCCAUCGACCGCCGACAUCUCGCAGAACAAAUCCGGCGGCAGUCGAACUGUGAGGCAGAGAAACCAUGCAUUAAGAUAUUGUGUGGUAUAGUGUGACAGCAUACUAAUAAAUGGGAAAGUGAGACUGCAAGACUGGGUAGAACUGCAUGACUGGGUAGAGAAACUGCAUGACUGGUUAGCGAGACUGCAUGACUGCUGCUAUCAAUAGUACUUAACUGAAAGAUGCCUUUUGGUUAAAGCCUGAACUGGUAGAUGCCUUUUGGUUAAAGCUGUGUACAACACAACUUAUAUUGACAGUGUCCAUGACGUUGUGGAAUAUUGGACAUUUUCAUGGAUUGGUUUGCAAUCAAAGUGAAGGAAAUGUUCGUUACAAAAAACAACUGAUGCACGACUACAUCAAGUACAUACCAUGUU